AUGGGUGACGCUGCCAUGAAAGAGUUUGGGACUGCUGCUCCUUAUCUGAGAAAGUCAGAUAAGGAGCGUCUAGAGGCCCAGACCCGACCCUUUGACAUGAAGAAGGAGUGCUUCGUACCUGACCCAGUCGUGGAGUAUGUUAAAGCUACAAUCUCCAGUCGAGAUGGUGACAAAGUCACUGCUGACACUGAGUUUGGAAAGGUGUGCUUUCAGGUUUUGCUGACGGGCAUAUUUCUUGAGCUCUUGCUUUGCUUGAUGUGACAGUAAACUUAAUUUAUCUUCCUCCACAGACUGUGACAGUGAAGGAGAGUGACGUCCACCCUCAGAAUCCGCCAAAGUUUGAUAAAAUCGAAGACAUGGCCAUGUUCACCUUCCUCCAUGAACCAGCUGUGCUGUUUAACCUCAAAGAGCGUUAUGCAGCAUGGAUGAUCUAUGUAAGACAACACUACCCUUACUUUUUUAAUGACACAUCUUAGCAUCUCGGGCAACUGUCCCUUAUCCUUUUCUUCAUGUGGCAGACCUACUCUGGGCUCUUCUGUGUGACUGUCAACCCCUACAAGUGGCUCCCAGUCUACAACCAAGAAGUGGUGGUUGCCUACAGAGGAAAGAAGAGGAGUGAAGCUCCUCCUCACAUCUUCUCCAUCUCUGAUAAUGCUUAUCAGUACAUGCUGGCAGGUCAUUACUUGAACUUGUUAAAUAUUUUACUCUGUCAUCAUUCUGUCCAUUUCACUGACAAUCUCAAAACCUCUCUUUAUGACAGACAGAGAAAACCAGUCAAUCCUCAUUACGUAAGUCACACACACACACACACACACACACACACACACACACACACACACACACACACACACACACACACACACACACACACACACACACACGGCUGAUAAAAUCCUCUUCAGCAGUUUUCGGUUUCAGGUACAGUUCUCUUUCUCUUUCACUCAGCGGAGAAUCUGGUGCUGGAAAGACCGUCAACACCAAGCGUGUCAUUCAGUACUUUGCCAGCAUUGCUGCUGCCCCAGGUGGGAAGAAGGAUCAGGCUGCUGAGAAGAAGGUAUGUACUGCAGUAACACUGUGUACUGCAGAAUAAAGCAACAAGAAUAAAGCAAAACUAAAAGACUUUAGUGCAUAGACACACUGUUGAUUUGUCUUUAUUUACCAAUGUCAGGGUACUCUGGAGGAUCAAAUCAUCCAGGCUAACCCUGCACUGGAGGCUUUUGGGAACGCCAAGACCAUCAGGAAUGACAACUCCUCCAGAUUUGUGAGUGCCUUAUAUCAUAUUCUGAAUGAAUGAAUGAAUCAGCAGACUGGAAUGUGUUCCUACAUUUUUGUUCUCCUUCCUUUCAGGGUAAAUUUAUUCGAAUCCAUUUUGAUAACCGAGGAAAGCUGGCAUCUGCUGACAUUGAAACUUGUAAGCAAAUGGUUUAUGACUCAAAUUUAACUGACCUGUCAAUCAAUUUGUUAGAAUAACACAUUCAUAUUUCUUUCAUAGACCUUUUGGAAAAGUCUCGUGUGACCUAUCAGCUCAGAGCUGAGAGGGACUACCACAUUUUCUACCAGAUCUUGUCUCAGCAAAAGCCUGAGCUCCUGGGUAAGUAUCUAAUAUGAACUGAUUUUGUCCAAAUCGGCUUGAAGCAAUAGUAGAUGAUAAUGAAUAAUGCUGCUUACUCAGAGCAGGGACAGUGAUGGCUCUUAGACUAUCAGCAAAACAUAAUAACUACACUGGGGACUUAUCUCUUUUUACCAUAAAAAAACAGACAAGCUCUGCAUUACAAACUCAUCAAUGCCCAAUGAAACUCUCCUGGUCAAGUAAAACAAAACGUUUAAAUGUAGUCCAUGCCUUUUAAUGGGAAAUCUGACUUCAAACUGUUACCUGGCUGUUUAGUAAAAUGUAUUCCAGCCAGAAAAACAGGCACCAUUUGUUACUCUUGGCAAAGUAUUAAUAGACUCAAUUGCUAAAGGAGUAAGAGUUGACUAAACACACACACCUUUGUGCGAGAUUGGAAACAUUAGAAUAAAACCUUAAAGAGUGCAAACAGAGUGACAUUGUGUUUGUACCUGUAAAGUUGUGCAAAGGGUGUCUGUGUAUGUGCUGGAUGGGCUCAGGUAAUUUUGGCAGGUUUGCUGGAACAGAUCCAGCAGGGUGUUUGUGUGUGCGUGCGUGCGUGCGUGCGUGCGUGCGUGCGUGCAUUCGUGUGUGAUCAGAGUGGCAACUAGGGCUUGGCAAUGUAGUCAAAGAAUCACAUCAUUGAAUCUCAAGGAAUGUAUACUGUAUAUAAUAUAAAGAAGGAUAUUUUUAUUAAGUCAUGGUGAUGCCACCUGAUUCAUAGUGUAAAUCUAUUGCCACAAGAUGGCAGCAGCAGCACUGUUAUCAUCUGGUGCUCUCCACACUUGGAUGAACCAUCUGAGUAUAACAGCCAACAAUUUUUACACUUCACAUCAUUUGAUGUGCAUGAUAUUGCCAUCCCUGAUUAAUGAUGAUUGCUUGUCUUUCUGUACCUUUGCUAACAAGUGGUGUGAAAUUUCACAUUUUAUACAAACUUCCACAUAAAGCUGUUUGAAAAGCAGCCGGUUGCUCCCAUUGCCAUUUCUACGGAUCAUAGUUUUGGUUGGUUAUCACCCACUGCUUCAUUAAUAAGUCUUGUCCACUCAGUUGGGCUCAGUUGUUGUGAUAAUGAAAUAUCAAGUGAAAGGACCAUAAAUAUACAUCAUUUGUCAUUACAUCAUCUUGUCGUUGACACCAGGAUAUGACUAUUUACUGUCACCUGAAAAUUUAAAUCAAUACUAUUGUGGGCAGUAUGAUACAGCACAGCCCCAGGAACAAGUAGUUGAUUUUGCAAACCAAUGUAGUACAUGACUACAUUGGUCUAAAAUGUUUAAACUAAAUACACGUUUUUAAAAGCUGUAGUUAUUUGUAGCCUCCAACGUGAUAUUUAAUGAGUAAACUUUUUAAUUGUUCGACAACACAGGUUGAUUUUGAGAGUUAUGACUUUAUAACAAUAAUUUUGGUUACUCCCUUCUCAGAAAUGUUGCUCAUCACCAACAACCCCUAUGACUACGCCUUCAUCUCCCAAGGAGAGACAACUGUAGCCUCUAUCAAUGAUGCUGAAGAGCUGAUGGCCACUGAUGUAAGACAGAUCUUAAAAGAACAGUCAAUGGUCCAUGUCUAAAUUAUGUCUAAAUCAUGCUGGAGGUUUGCAUUGAUUUGGUGAUAUUCAUUUCAGGAUGCCUUUGAUGUUCUGGGCUUUACUCAAGAAGAAAAGAACAGCAUUUACAAGCUGACCGGAGCCAUCAUGCAUCAUGGCAACAUGAAGUUUAAGCAGAAGCAGCGAGAGGAGCAGGCAGAGGCGGAUGGCACUGAAGGUAACAGAUGGAUUUUGAAACAACCUAAUGCUUUAGGAGUUAUCUGCACAGUAGGGGCGUGCAAUCUGAUGAUCUUAGAUUAUGACGGAUUAUAAAGUGACGACGAUCUGCCAAAGCACAGAGAUUGUUGAACCGUCUGUAGUGUGCAUUGUAUCCCUAACAUGUGUCUAAACAAAUUUCUUGCCCUUUUAAAAAUAACAUUUUAGAAGUUAAGAGAGCACAUUUUAAUUCACCCACAGAAUUAAUGUGUUGUACAUUGAUAAAAGUAACUGCAGUAGUGGAAAAAUCAGCCAAAAAAAGGACAAGAUACAGAAUCUGCUUCCUGUCUUUUCUCUGUCCCACUGCUCUGCUGUGUGUGUAUCUUCUCAUGCUCACUCACACAAACACCCCUCCCCCUAAGUGAAUAUCCAAUCAUCAUAUCCAAUAAUGCUUCAAAUUUUAUAGCGCUUUAUCAGAGACCCUCAAAGCACUUUACAUUGGAUAUAUUAUUCAUUCGCUCACACACCCUGGUGGUGGUAAACUACCUUGGUAGUCACAGCUGCCCUGGGGCAGACUACAAAAACAUGGCUGCCAAUUUCGGCCUGUGGCCUCUUCAACCACCAUCACAUAACACUCACAAUCAUACACCAGUGGAGGACACUCACUGGGGGCAAGGUGAAUUUAGUGUCUUGCCCAAGGACAUAACGGACAGACUAGGGAAUCGAACAGCCAACCUUCCAGUUAUUGGACGGCCGCUCUUCUUCCUGGCCUAUUAGUAUACAAAUGAGCCAGGAAGUAGCCAGACUAUGUUGUCAGGUUUCAGCAGGGAGCUGUGAGAUUUAAAAGAAGCAGCAGAGCUUUGCCAAAUUGUCUUUGUGACAUGUGAGAUAAUUAAUAAUAGGCAAAACAUCAACUUAAACAGGUAACAUUAAAUAUAACAGUGGAGUUGAGAGUAAAAGAGAGAGAAGUGAGAGAAAUGAGAGAGGAGUGGAGAGAGAGAGAGAGAUAAGAUAUUUGAGCUGUUUAGUUGUGACGAAAAACAAAAGAACCAGCCAAAAAAGGAAAGAAAGAGAAAAGAAAAUGCUCUCUAUCUGUUGUGUUUUGUAAAUUAGUUUGAAGUGAUUUUUAUUAUCUAUAAGACUAUAAGACUACCUUUCAUUUUUGUAAAUAUUGAAUUUUGUGUGUGAAGUCUUCUUUUAGGUUCAAAUUUAUUUAAGAAUGAGACCAUCCAUUUAAGAUAAAAGUUAUGUUGUUCAUUGUUAAAAUAUUAGUAUUUUAUUUUAUCUAUCAUUUCCAUUUUUCAUCCCCUGAAAAGAAGACAAAAAUUGUGAUAAAAUUGUGAUUUCAAGAAAAAGAAAUCUUGAUAUGACAUUUUUUUCCUCAUAUCACCCACCUACAGUACAGUGAUAAUAAAGACCACUGAAAGGCAGUGAUGUCCUUGUUACAUGAUUACAAUUCCUAAACAGAUGCUGACAAAGUUGCAUACCUGAUGGGCCUGAACUCUGCUGACCUUGUCAAAGGUCUCUGUCACCCCAGAGUCAAAGUAGGAAAUGAGUGGGUCACUAAGGGACAAACUGUAGCUCAGGUGAGAUAUUUUUGCUAUGUUAUCUUUGGAAAAUAAAGCCUAGCAGUUUUAAUAACAAAUGACAUCUGGCAGGUGUAUUAUGCAGUUGGUGCACUGUCUAAGUCAGUGUAUGAGAAGAUGUUCUUAUGGAUGGUGGUGAGGAUCAACCAAUCCCUGGACACCAAGCAGCCUCGCCAGUACUUCAUUGGUGUGCUGGACAUUGCUGGAUUUGAGAUCUUUGAUGUGAGCUGGAAAUAAUACAUGACAUAAUGUUUGUGAAGUAGUAUUUGGUUUAAGGGGUCAUUAUACUCUGUCUUACUGUAGACCACUUCAUUUUACAGUUCAACACCUUUGAGCAGCUGUGCAUCAACUUCACCAACGAAAAACUGCAACAGUUUUUCAACCACCACAUGUUUGUGCUGGAGCAGGAAGAGUACAAGAAAGAGGGCAUAGAAUGGACCUUCAUUGAUUUUGGUAUGGACUUACAGGCCUGCAUUGACCUGAUUGAAAAGGUGAGAUACAGUAUGACAGUUUAUUAUCAGGACAUAUUCAUGUUAUCAUUUUACUAAUGUGUGUUUUGUCAGUUUUAGACAAUGCUUUGGGAGUUUUUCUUGAUUGUUCUACAUUUUUUUAGCCCAUGGGUAUCAUGUCCAUCCUUGAGGAGGAGUGCAUGUUCCCAAAAGCCUCUGAUGCCACUUUUAAAGCCAAACUUUACGACAACCAUCUGGGGAAGUCCAAUAACUUCCAGAAGCCCAGAAUUGUCAAAGGCAAACCAGAGGCUCAUUUUGCCUUGAUGCACUACGCUGGAACUGUGGAUUAUAAUAUCAACAACUGGCUGGUGAAGAACAAGGAUCCUCUGAAUGAGACUGUUGUAGGACUCUACCAGAAGUCUAAUCUUAAGCUGCUUUCCAUCCUCUUUGCGAAUUACGCAGGAGCUGAUUCAGGUUUGUUGUUUAAAACAACUAGCACUUUGGUUUUAAGAGAAUCAUCAUGUAGUAGUGGUGUAUUAGUGUUGUAGAAUGAAAAGCUGUGGGGCAAAAUGAGCGCAACGAGAAGGCUGAUGUGAUCAUGAGGAUGCACAAGCACUGACGAGCUCCUGACUGCUAGGCUAUGAUGUGAGGGACUUGUUCCAAAUUAUAAAAGAAUAAAAGCCCAAGUCUUGAUGUUAUAGAGGACAUUAGAGAUAUAGAGGACUGAAUGAGUUGUAGAUCUGCAGCCUGUGAUAACAUGUACUAAUGCGGUGGAGGAGUUCAGAUCCUUCAGUUAAAAUAACACAGUGUAAAAUACUCUACUAGAAGUACAAUCUGGCAUUUGAUUUAUUGACCAUCAUGCAUGGUCCCAUUUAAUAUUGUUACACAUGACUUUAAAAAAUGUACAUUUUCCAGUUUUUCCUCCAUGUUAUGUUUACUAAUGUUUAUGUUUAAUAAUAAAGAUCUCAAUAUUCAUCAAAGUGAUAGUGAUUAUCAUCAUCACUCACCAGUGAGCAGCCCUCACUUUUAAUACACUGUAAAUGGAGACUUAAAAAUCAGCCCCAUAUUUGAUCAGUCCAGUCACUGCCCAUGAAAGAAAUGAUACACUAGCCUUCAUAGUAUUCGUUGUCAGAGACCCAUACAACUCAAAAUCACAUGAAUCAAAAUUCACUAAGAAUGUAGUACUUUCAUCACCCCUCUAUGCCACUGCCAGUAUAAAUCUCUAUUUUUUUUUAAAUACAAGCCUAACAAAAGAUUGAUUGCACCUUUAAAAAAAAAUCUCAUUCACCUGUGUUUUUUCCUUUUUUUUCAGUUCAAGAGUCUGGUGGAAAGGGAAAGGGUGGUGGAGGCAAGAAAAAGGGUUCAUCCUUCCAAACUGUAUCAGCCUUACACAGGGUAAGUUCACAAAAAAUGUAAAGGUUAUGAUAAAUCAGCUUUUUAUGAGGUGUUUCUCAGAUGCAAAAUAUGCUCUCACUUAUAGGAUUCUGAUCUAUUUGGCUUUAUGCUGUCAUCAUCUGCAAAAUAACUGUUUAUGAAAAUGGUUAUUGGCAACAGUGUGUCCUCUGUGGUAAAUUCACAGGAGAACCUGAACAAGCUGAUGACCAACUUGAGGUGUACUCACCCUCACUUUGUGCGCUGCAUCAUCCCCAAUGAGACCAAGACUCCUGGGGCCAUGGAGAACCCUCUGGUGAUGCACCAGCUGCGCUGUAAUGGUGUGCUGGAAGGCAUCAGGAUCUGCAGGAAGGGAUUCCCAAACAGGAUCCUCUAUGGAGAUUUCAAACAGAGGUUUGCUCAGAUAUAUAUAAUGUGGAAAAUCAAAAGACAAUUUAGAAUCAGGUUGCUUGAAGGUCAUCAAAUGCAUGUAACGUGACCACAGUGGCUAGAAGUUUAUUUUCCAAAAUUCAGGAGAUCAAGAUCUUUAGCCAACCGUGAUGCCACUAUAAAACUUUGCUGACCGCUUGCUUCUCUAGUAACUAGCGGUCGGCAAAAUUCAUUUCUCAAGGGGGUGUCUAACUCGAUGUAAUGGUGUGUUUGACCAUGUCUUAAACUUACGCCAGAAUAUCCCUUAAAGUAUUACUUACUAAGUUUUAUGUACUCACUUGGUGUUCUAGAAACAUGGCAUAACUCUGUUUUAUCUUCAUUACAAAGAUACCGUAUUUUGAACCCGAGUGCUAUUCCUGAGGGACAGUUCAUUGAUAACAAAAAAGCUGCAGAGAAGCUUUUGGGCUCUUUGGACAUCGACCAUAACCAGUACAAACUGGGCCAUACCAAGGUACGCCAGAGAAAUGCAUUUUGACAUUAAGAGCAUGAGUAUUUACUGUGUAUUUACAGAUUUAAUGUUAAAGGAUAGUGAGUAGGCUGAUAACAUGUUUGUAGGUAAUGUGGUUAAAGGUAUACCACUAUUAUUUUAGAAACUGAAAAGUAAGGAUGUCUCUUCAUAUAUAAAUUAUGAUAUAGAUAAAAAGACAAUCAGUCUUAACAUGUGUAUCUUGUGAUUGCUAUGCUCAUUUGAUCUGUUUGCCAAAACUAGGUGUUCUUCAAAGCUGGACUUCUCGGUCUGCUGGAGGAGAUGAGAGAUGACCGUUUAGCUCUGAUCAUCACUAGGCUCCAAGCUCGGUCACGAGGUGUUCUGGCAAGAAUUGAAUUCCAGAAGAUCGUUGAACGCAGGUACCUGCUCUGGCAGCUGUUUUUCAUAUAACCCCUCACAUUAAACUUUGGACACAUUUGUGACUGGCGGAGAAUUAUUUGGCAGGUAUCAGUUACUGCUGUUUUGCAUUUGCAUUAGAAGGCUCUUCAGACAGUUCUUUUAUGUUGUCUGCAGGGAUGCAUUACUGGUGAUCCAGUGGAACGUUCGUGCCUUCAUGGGGGUCAAAAAUUGGCCCUGGAUGAAGCUGUAUUUCAAGAUCAAACCUCUGCUGAGAUCUGCUGAGACUGAGAAGGAGAUGGCCAACAUGAAGGAAGAGUUUACAAAACUUAAAGAGGCUUUUGCAAAAUCUGAAGCCCGCAAAAAGGAGCUAGAGGAAAAAAUGGUCACACUUCUCCAAGAGAAGAAUGACCUGCAGCUCCAAGUCCAAUCUGUAUGUUUGAAAUCUUGACUGCAUUUUUAAUCCCCUUUAAUCACAUUACACUUCUGUCUAAAACAUUGUUGUGUCACAACAACAGGAGCAAGAUAAUCUUUGUGAUGCAGAAGAAAGAUGUGAGGGGCUGAUCAAGAGCAAGAUUCAGCUGGAAGCAAAAAUCAAAGAGCUUACUGAGAGACUGGAGGAUGAGGAGGAGAUGAAUGCUGAUCUGACAGCAAAGAAGAGAAAGCUGGAGGAUGAAUGUUCAGAGUUAAAGAAAGAUAUUGAUGACUUAGAGUUAACUCUGGCAAAAGUUGAGAAAGAGAAGCAUGCCACCGAGAACAAGGUACCGUCAACCUUCAUUAAAUGCUCUGACUCUGUUCAGGAGCACAAAGAGGCAUUUAGCAAUCCAUCUCUUCUUUUGCAAACAGGUUAAAAAUCUGGUCGAGGAGAUGGCUGCUCAGGAUGAGAUCAUUGCUAAACUGACCAAGGAAAAGAAGGCUUUACAGGAAGCUCAUCAGCAAACACUGGAUGACCUGCAGAGUGAAGAAGACAAAGUCAACACUCUGACCAAGGCCAAAACUAAGCUGGAACAGCAAGUGGACGAUGUAAGAAUGGAGAAAAUUUCAAGAUCAGAUUGUUUUGUCUUUGACAAUUAAAACCUUAAACAGAUAUUCUUUGACUCCCACAGCUUGAAGGGUCCCUAGAGCAAGAGAAAAAAAUACGGAUGGACCUUGAGAGAGCAAAGCGGAAGCUUGAGGGAGACCUAAAGCUAGCUCAGGAGACCGUCAUGGACCUGGAAAAUGAUAAGCAGCAACUCGAAGAGAGGCUGAAAAAGUAAUAUAAAAUCUGCACUUUUAUAAAAAUAUGUUUUAAAUUUGUACCAUCUCAUACUUUUCUAUCUUUUACGUCCACAGAAAAGACUUUGAAAUCAGUCAACUCAAUGGUAAAAUAGAAGAUGAACAAAUGAUUAGUGCCCAGCUCCAGAAAAAGCUUAAAGAGUUGCAGGUAAUGCUAAGAAAAUCAAGGAAGUUCAUUUUGCCACUCUUCACAUCCUUCAAAAGAAAAUUGUAAUUCAUAUACACUGGUUUAGGCCCGCAUUGAGGAGCUUGAGGAGGAGCUGGAGGCAGAGCGAGCUGCCCGAGCUAAGGUGGAGAAACAGAGAGCAGACUUGGCCAGAGAGCUGGAGGAGAUCAGUGAGAGACUGGAGGAGGCUGGAGGAGCAACAGCUGCCCAGAUCGAGAUGAACAAGAAGAGAGAGGCAGAGUUCCUGAAGCUCCGCAGAGACCUUGAAGAGGCCACUCUGCAGCAUGAAGCCACCACUGCCACACUCAGGAAGAAACAGGCUGACAGUGUUGCUGACCUGGGAGAGCAGAUUGACAACCUGCAGAGAGUCAAGCAGAAACUGGAGAAGGAGAAGAGUGAGCUCAGACUGGAGCUGGAUGAUGUGGUCUCCAACAUGGAGCAGAUUGUAAAAUCUAAGGUAAGAGGAUUUCAUCCAUGAUAUUUGUGUAUUGAUGGCCUGAUUAUUGCUUUACUAAUCAGUAAAACAAAAACCUCUUCAUUUCUAAAGAAGUUCAUAUGGCCUUGUGAAUGCUUUUGAUUUUCAGAAUAAUUUGGAAAAAAUGUGCAGGUCUCUGGAAGAUCAGAUGAAUGAAUAUAAAACUAAAGCAGAGGAGGGACAGCGCUCCAUCAAUGACUUCUCUAUGCAGAAAGCAAAACUUCAAACUGAAAAUGGUACAAAUUUCUUUGAUUGAGGAGCAUUCACUCUGAAAUAUACUGAAAACUUAAUGAAACCUUCUCUUAAAUUAGCUGAACUUUCAAGGCAGUUUGAGGAAAAGGAUUCCCUGGUAUCUCAACUCACCAGAGGAAAACAGUCCUACACUCAACAAGUGGAAGACCUGAAAAGACAACUGGAGGAGGAAGUGAAGGUAACAAACUACUGACCAUGGUGCUUCAUCUAAAACAGUCCAAAUGAUCACGUUUAAACCUAUGCUUCAUUUCCACUUCAGGCCAAGAACGCAUUGGCUCAUGCAGUGCAGUCUGCCCGUCAUGACUGUGACCUGCUCAGGGAGCAGUUUGAGGAGGAGCAGGAGGCCAAGGCUGAACUCCAGCGUGGCAUGUCCAAGGCUAACUCUGAGGUGGCUCAGUGGAGAACCAAGUAUGAAACUGAUGCCAUCCAGAGGACAGAGGAACUGGAGGAGGCAAAGUGAGUCCAAAUUAUUUCCACUUUAACUCCUCUGCAAAAUUGAAAAGAAAGAGUCCUGACUAAAUUCUAUCAAUAUUCAGAAAGAAGCUGGCCCAGCGUCUGCAGGAUGCUGAGGAGGCUGUUGAAGCAGUGAAUGCUAAAUGUUCCUCUCUGGAGAAGACCAAACACAGACUGCAGAACGAGAUUGAAGAUCUCAUGGUAGAUGUGGAGAGGUCUAAUGCCGCUGCUGCUGCUCUGGACAAGAAGCAAAGAAACUUUGACAAGGUAGACUCUAAAAUAAACACAUUAGUUCUGCUAUUCUUUGAACUAACUAAGUGGGGAAUGAGCAUAGUUGACAGCCAAACAUGCUCAUUGUUCAGAGACAAACAUCACUCAAACUACGCUUGGAUGGAAACAUCAUGUGGAAGAAGAUGCCUUUAGGGUCUGCAAAUACAAAAAUUAAAAAUAAAGUGUCUGGACUGAGACGGUCCCAUUGCACCACAUGUUCAUGAAACAUUUAGGCUUUUUUCUGGGUUAUUGAUCGUACAUUGUACAGAAGGCAAAACUAUUGUACAAAUACGGUAAUUAUCUAACACCUGGCAACCCUAAUGGCAUGUGAGUUGGUUACACAUCUAGCUUUGCAAUAUUUAUGCUGAACAUAUGCAUACAUUUUUGAGCAAUGCACUCUGGACAAGGAAGAUCUUGCACAUUCAAGCAAGACAAUGCCCAAACACAUACGUAAAAAGUAGAGGUGAUGCAUCUCAGUGGUCAAUGGCUCCAGUCAUUCUUUUGAAAGAUGUUUAUGGCAUCAAAUUAAAAUCAAACCAGUGUCAUCGUAAAAAAUAAGCAUCUUAGAGUUUCAGAUUUGGAUAGGUUUUCUUUGCAUCAUUUUAAAGUUCAACAUAAAUUUAAAAGAUUAGGAAACCACAAAUGUCUGGUUUUUAACAGAAUUUUGAUCAAACUUUUUUGAGGUAUUCGUAUUUUAGAUAAUAAACCUAUAAUAUGCAUAUUUAAGGUCUUGGCAGAAUGGAAGCAAAAAUAUGAGGAGUCUCAAACGGAGCUGGAGACAUCUCAGAAAGAAGCAAGGUCUCUGAGCACUGAGCUCUUCAAACUCAAGAACUCCUAUGAAGAAUCUCUAGAGCAUCUGGAGACCAUGAAGAGAGAGAACAAGAAUCUGCAGGGUAAGGGUAACUCCGAGUCCAUCGCUCUUAUAAAGUCAGUUUUCAAUCUUUGCUAAUGUAACGUUUGAUCUCUCAGAGGAAAUAUCUGACCUUACUGAACAAAUUGGUGAGAGUGGGAAGAAUAUCCAUGAGCUUGAGAAGAUUCGCAAACAACUUGAGCAAGAGAAGUCUGAGAUUCAAACAGCUCUGGAGGAGGCAGAGGUACGCUGAAUGUUUGAAAGACAAGCUUUACAAAAUGAACAUCAUUUUUGGGGUUGGGAAUAUCUCAUCUCUCCUCACUUUUUUCUCCUCGAUGCCAUGAUAGGCCUCACUGGAACAUGAAGAAGGGAAGAUCCUCAGAGCUCAGCUGGAGUUCAACCAGGUCAAGGCUGAUAUUGAGCGCAAGCUGGCAGAGAAAGAUGAAGAGAUGGAGCAAGCAAAGAGAAACCAACAGCGGGUUGUGGAUACUCUUCAGAGCUCUCUGGAGUCUGAGACUCGCAGCAGAAAUGAGGCCCUCCGUCUGAAGAAGAAGAUGGAGGGAGACCUCAAUGAGAUGGAGAUCCAGCUUAGCCAGGCCAACAGGCAGGCAGCUGAGGCUCAGAAACAGCUCAAGGCUGUUCAUGCACAUCUGAAGGUAUGCUUAACAAUAAUUAGUAAGAGUCAUUGACACCUUGACACAAGACUUGCUCUAAAUCAUUGUCACACUUAUACAGGACACCCAGCUCCAGCUUGAUGAGUCUCUUCGAACCGGUGAUGAAAUGAAGGAGAACAUUGCCAUAGUUGAAAGACGCAACAACCUUCUUCUGUCAGAAAUUGAGGAGCUAAGGUCUGCUCUGGAGCAAACUGAGAGAGGUCGCAAACUUGCUGAGCAAGAGCUUCUGGAUGUCAGUGAGAGGGUGCAGCUGCUGCACUCACAGGUAUGUUGUAGUCCCUGGACCUGGCACUAUCAUUUGCCAUUAUUAACAACUCAAUAUGGAAUUGUAUGAUUUUAAUUGUACACCACCAGAACACCAGCCUAAUAAACCAAAAGAAGAAGCUGGAGGGUGAUACCGUCCAGCUCCAAACUGAAGUAGAGGACGCAGUGCAGGAGUGUAGGAAUGCUGAGGAGAAGGCCAAGAAGGCCAUUACUGACGCUGCCAUGAUGGCUGAGGAGCUGAAGAAAGAACAGGACACCAGUGCUCACCUGGAGCGUAUGAAGAAGAACAUGGAGCAAACCAUCAAAGACCUGCAGCACCGUCUGGAUGAAGCUGAACAGAUUGCUAUGAAGGGAGGAAAGAAGCAGGUGCAGAAGCUCGAGGCCAGGGUGAGUGUAAGAUUUAUGUUUGCAUCAUUUGAAUUCUUCAAAAGUCUGUGUCAUAUUAAGUGACUUUUGUUGACAUCUGUUAAAACCACCUGCUCCUCCAGGUCAGAGAACUUGAAAAUGAGGUUGAAGGUGAACAAAAAAAGGCCAGUGAUGCUGUCAAGGGAAUAAGAAAGUAUGAAAGACGCAUUAAGGAGCUCACCUAUCAGGUAAUGUCAGAUAUAGGCCAACAUCUAUUGCUAUGAAACUAAAUUUGAAAUGACAUAAAAUACAACAUUUUGUUUUACUUACAUAAAUCAGACAGAGGAAGACCGAAAAAAUCUUGCCCGUCUUCAAGAUUUAGUGGACAAGCUGCAGCUGAAGGUCAAAUCCUAUAAAAAGACUGCAGAGGAGGCGGUAAGUAUCCAAAAGUCUGGAGAGAAAGCUGAGCUUAAGCUGAGCAGAAAUGAAAUGUAACAUACAAUAUGUGUUACAGGAGGAACAGGCCAACACUAAUCUGACCAAGUUCCGUAAGCUUCAACAUGAGCUGGAUGAGGCUGAAGAGAGAGCAGACAUCGCUGAGUCCCAGGUCAACAAGCUUCGUGCCAAGAGCCGAGAUGUGGGGUCAAAGGUCAGUGUAGUUCAACAUCAUGUAAAAAAAAGAAAGAAAAAAAAAAACACCUGAUUAUUCAUAUGUUGACUAUGUCUUAUCUAAUGUUCUUGUUUUUCAGAAAGGACUUGAUGAAGAGUGA